AUGGGGGUUUCAAUUCAGUAUGUGAUGAUUGAUAUAAAGGCUGUUACUUGGUCAAACAUAAGUCAAGAUGGCCGAAUUGGUCUAAUUCGCCAGUUUCAGUUAAUAUCUUGGCCUUUUGCUCUUCCCCAAGUUUUCGCAUUAAAUUCGUCGGAUUCCUCAGUCCUCUCGUCACUCUCUCUACUCUUCUCUUCAUCAAUCCUCAGCUUCAUCGCCGCUUUUCCCUUCUUCCCCGUUUCACGUAAAGCAGAAGGUAGGAUGAGUCAUUCAUCGGAUGAAGAGUCUGAGAUCAGCGACUCAGAGAUUGAGGAGUAUUCUGAAAAACCGUACCUGCAAUUACAGAACGGGGAAUACAAAGUCAAGGUGAACGGAACGCUGAGAUGCCCGUUUUGUGCAGGCAAGAAGAAGCAAGCUUAUAAGUACAAGGAGCUAAACGCACAUGCUAUUGGGGUUUCCAAAGGAUCUGCAACCAGAAGUGCUAAACAGAAGGCUAAUCAUCUCGCCUUGGCAAAGUAUUUGGAGAACGACCUUGCUGGUGAAGCGGAGCCUCUUCCACGCCCUCCAGUUCCUUGUGUAAACAAGCCGGAAGCCAAACUGGCGGACAUUUAUGUCUGGCCAUGGAUGGGGAUCGUCAUGAAUCCUUUGAAAGAAACUGAUGACAAGGAAGUUCUACUUGAUUCUGCUUAUUGGAUGAAGAGGCUUUCUAGGUUCAAGCCUGUUGAGGUGAAUGCCUUUUUGGUCGAACAAGAUUCCGCUGUUGGGGUUAUUGCUAAGUUUAACAGCGACUGGAGAGGGUUUGCGAGUGCAACAGAGCUUGAGAAGGAAUUUGAGAACCAAGGUUGCAGCAAAAGGGAGUGGAAAGAAAAGAGAGGAGAUUCAGAGCUAAAGGCCUUCGGUUGGUGCGCGCGUGAAGAAGACUUUAACUCUGGAGGGCCAAUAGGGGAGUACCUCUCCAAGGAGGGAAAGCUGAGAACUGUUUCUGAUAUAUCUGAAGAAAAAAACCAGGAUAGAAACAGUGUCCUGGACGAACUUUCAAACACCAUAGCUCUGACAAAUGAAGAUCUGAACAAGGUUCAAUACAGCUACAACAGGACGGAAAUGUCACUGCAGAGGGUCCUAAACGAGAAAAAGACCUUGCACGAAGCUUAUGCAGACGAAACAAAGAAGAUGCAGCAAAUGUCGCUUCGUCAUAUCCAGGGGAUCCUGUUAGAAAAGCAGAGGCUAAGCGAUGAACUGGAGCAUAAGAUAGCCGAGCUGCGGGAGAGGUCCAAAAAGUUGGACAAGAGGGAGGCACUAACUGAAAUGGAGAGACAGAAGCUUGAUGAAGACAAGCAAAAGAGUGAUGCCAUGAACACCUCCCUCCAGCUAGCCACCCGUGAACAGAAAAAGGCUGACGAGAGCGUGUUGAGACUUGUAGAAGAGCAUAAGAGGCAAAAAGAAGAAGCUUUAGGCAAGAUCCUUCAGCUUGAGACGCAGCUAGACACCAAACAGACUUUGGAAAUGGAGAUUCAAGAGCUAAAAGGCAAAUUGCAAGUGAUGAAGCACUUGGGAGAUGAUGAUGAUGAGGCGGUCAAGCAGAAAAUGAAGGAGAUGAAUGACGAGCUGGAGGACAAGAAAUCUGAGUUAGAAGAGCUAGAGCAGAUGAACUCAGUCCUGAUGACAAAAGAACGUCAAAGCAAUGAUGAAAUACAAGCAGCCCGGAAAAAAAUGAUUGCGGGCUUGACAGUAUUGAUCGGUACGGAAACCGAUAUCGGGGUCAAAAGGAUGGGAGAACUCGAUGAGAAGCCCUUCCUGAAUGUUUGCAAGAAGAGAUAUUCUGCAGACGAAGCUGCGGUUGAAGCUGCCACCCUUUGCUCUAAAUGGCAGAAUAACGUCAAUGAUUCAAAGUGGCAUCCGUUCAAACUUGAAGGAACCGGGGACAAAGCAAAGGAAGUGGUAGACGAAGAGGAUGGCCAGCUGAAGAAGCUUAGAGGAGAGUGGGGAGCAGAGGUGCACAACGCUGUUAAAACAGCUCUGGAGGAGAUAAAUGAAUAUAAUGGAAGUGGUCGCUACACUGUCCCAGAACUUUGGAACUUCAAAGUAGGAAGGAAAGCAACAUUAAAGGAAGCGAUUACUUUCAUAUCCAAGGACAUGAAAACUGUGAAACGUAAACGAACCUGA